ACCCGGAAGUCAUGUAACAACUGCUGAUUGUCUGGUCGCUGGUAUGUUUUUAGCUAAAACGUGUCAGAUCGGAGCGGCAGGUCAGGCAGAACCUCAGCUGGCAUGAUGGGUCCAGGUGCGGCUCUGUCCGGCCCGGUUCUGCUGCUCGGUCUGCUCUGCUGCGGCCUUUUCCCAGCUGUUUCUGCCUGUGAGAAAGAACCGGAGACCCCGGACUGGAGGAUGACUCUCAGAACCAUCCGGAACGGGAUUCACAAGAUCGACACGUACCUGAACGCAGCGCUGGACCUGUUCGGCGGAGAUGACGGACUCUGUCGGUACCGGUGCAGCGAUGGAUUCAAACCGAUGCCUCGACCCGGCUACAGGCACCCUCCUCCCAACGGAUGCGGCUCCCCGCUUUUUGGAUUUCAUUUUGACCUGGGAAUCCCGUCCAUGACCAAAUGCUGCAACCAGCACGACCGCUGCUACGACACCUGCGGCCGCCUGAAGCACGACUGCGACGAUCAGUUCCAGGACUGCCUGGAGACCAUCUGCAGGAACGUGCAGAGGACUCUGGGAUUGGCUCAGACAGUCCAGGCGUGCGAGUCUGCAGUCAAGCUCCUCUUUGACGCCGUCAUGCACCUGGGCUGCAAGCCGUACCUGGACAGCCAACGGGACGCCUGCGUGUGCCAGUACGAGGUGAAGAAGGAGCUCUAACAGAAAAACAAACUGAAAUCCAGACGCCGGAUAAAUAAACUUUUCUGAAAACGUGUAGAUUUUUCUCAGGGAUGUAGCCUCUUUGGCUAAAAUUAAACACUGCAAUGCGAAGUGAAUGUAAAAUAAAAAGUUUCUUGUAGGUCGUAGCUAAUAUUUGUCCCUUUGUGAUCCACUAUUUAUGUAUAUAUUGUAUAUCCAGAGGUUUCUGUAAUGAAAUGGAAACUGGUUUCAUUCAUGUUUUGACUGGACUCAACAUUUUAACAAACAGUUAAAAGGGUUUUACAAAGUUCAAAGGUCAGUAAUAAAGCACACAUCAAUGUUCUACAACAUUUUGUAACAAAUGAUGUCGCUUUUUAUUCUGGAUUAUUCUCACAUGAUGCUAAUCUCAAUGUUCUUGUAAUCCCUGUGAAUUUACCCUAUUGCCAAUGCUUAAAUUAAAUUGAAACUGAUUAUUGGGGGAUAGAAUAUGAUAUUUAAGGCAAAAUAAAUACUUUUUUCAUUCUUUUUCCUUUGUUUUGCACAAAACAACAGCAAAUGAGCAGAAAAUCAAAGAUUAAUUAGAAAAAACAUAUAGAAAUCAGCCAAAGGCUCUCGUAACAUAUUAAAUAAUUAUUAAAUAUUGUCCUGUUUCAUUCUAUUUUGCUUUGUGCUUCAGUGGAAAACAAAAAAUCAAUGGCCUUGACCUACCGUUGGGUGAAAAAAAUUACAAAGGCAUGACUAUUAAAAUGUGAAACUUUCACAUUCCACCAAAUAUUUUGUAUAUUAAGUUUCAAAAUAAAAAAAAAAACUUGC